AUGUCAAAGAAAGCAUCAGGAGAUGAUAUUUGGAAGAAUAAUGUUGAAAAAAUAAAUUCAGAAUUAUUUACAUUAACUUAUGGAUCAGUAGUAGCCCAACUAUGUCGUGAUUUUCAAAAUAAUUAUCAUGAAGUAAAUAAUCAAUUAGAUAAAAUGGGAUAUAAUAUAGGAUUAAGAUUAAUUGAAGAAUUCUUAGCCAAAACAGGUAUUCGAAGAUGUCAAACAUUUAAAGAAACAGCAGAAGUUAUAAGUAAAUUAGGAUUUAAAAUAUUUUUAAAUAUUCAACCAAUAGUUGAAAAUUGGUCAUCUGAUAAUAAAUCUUGUAGUUUAAUUAUACCUGAACCUAAUCCAUUAACUGAAUUUGUUGAAUUACCUAUAACUGCAGAUAAUAAAAUUGGUAAAGAAUUAUGGUAUUCUCAAAUAUUAUGUGGUGUUUUACGUGGUGCUUUACAAAUGGUUCAAUUGGAUUGUGAUGUUAAUUUUGUGAAAGAUGUAUUAAGAGGUGAUGAAAGAACUGAAAUUAGAUUGAAAUUGAAUAAAAUAUUAAAAGAUGAAGUCCCGGCUGGUGAAGAUUAA